AUGGAAUUUUCUUUUACUCUUGGAAUGAAGAAUCACAAAACAUCAAUUCUUGUGGUAUUAAGCCUUGUAAUAGUUCUCAAUGCGUUUAGCAGUUUCGUGGCAGGAGCAGCUAGUGCUGAGAGCAAGGUUCAUAUAGUGUAUUUAGGUGAGAAGCAGCAUGAUGAUCCCGAGUUUGUCACGCAAUCUCAUCAUCAAAUGUUAUGGUCAAUUCUUGGAAGUAAAGAGGAUGCACAUGAUGCAAUGGUGCACAGUUUCCGACAUGGCUUCUCAGGUUUCGCGGCCAAGCUCACCAAUUCCCAAGCCAAGAAAAUAGCAGAUUUACCUGAAGUUGUUCAUGUCAUACCGGAUAGAUUCUACAAGCUAGCAACAACUCGGACUUGGGACUACUUAGGAGUCUCGACCGUCAAUCCGAAGAAUCUUCUAAAUGAUACAAAUUUGGGUGAACAAAUGAUCAUCGGCUUAAUUGACACAGGAGUUUGGCCAGAAUCUCAAGUAUUUAACGACAAUGGGAUUGGACCGGUGCCGAGCCACUGGAAAGGUGGCUGUGAAUCAGGAGAGAAUUUCGACUCUUCUCACUGCAACAAAAAACUCAUAGGAGCAAAGUACUUCAUCAACGGUUUUCUUUCAGAGCACGAAAGCUUCAACUUCACAGAAUCACUUGACUUCAUUUCCCCUAGAGCCUAUAAUGGUCAUGGCACACAUGUGGCAACCAUCGCGGGCGGUUCGUACGUUCCCAAUACAAGCUACAAGGGACUAGCUGGAGGGACUGUGAGAGGUGGGGCGCCGCGUGCUCAUAUAGCAGUGUACAAGACUUGUUGGUAUCUGGAUGAUCUAGACUCAACGCUUUGUUCAUCCGCCGACAUUUUGAAAGCAAUGGACGAGGCUAUUCAUGAUGGUGUUGAUGUUCUGUCUCUAUCUUUAGGCUAUGAACCUCUGUUCGCAGAAACUGAUGUUCGCGAUGCGAUAUCUACUGGCGCAUUUCAUGGUGUCUUAAAGGGUAUUACAGUUGUUUGUGCGGGUGGUAACGCUGGUCCAGCGGCUCAGACCGUUAUAAACUUGGCUCCUUGGAUCAUAACAGUGGCUGCAACUACUCUAGACCGGUCCUUUGCCACGCCUAUGACACUUGGAAACAAUAGAGUGAUAUUGGGUCAAGCAAUCUAUACAGGUCAAGAACUUGGCUUCAUUAGCUUGGUUUACCCUGAGAAUCCAGGGAAUAGCAACCAAAAUUUUUCUGGUGCAUGUGAACGUCUUAACAUUAAUCCUAAUCAUACAAUGGAGGGGAAAGUCGUGUUGUGUUUCACAACACCACCUUACGAUACUUCUGUAUCGAAGGCUGCUGGCUAUGUGAAGAGAGCCGGUGGUCUUGGCGUAAUCAUCGCAGGACAGCCAGGCAACAUUCUCAAACCAUGUCUAGAUGAUUUCCCUUGUGUUUCUGUUGACUACGAGCUCGGGACCAAUAUUCUUCUUUACAUACGUUCUAGUGGAUCGCCUGUUGUGAAUAUACAAACUUCUAGAACACUUGUUGGACAACCAGUUGGUACAAAGGUGGCAACUUUCUCAUCAAGAGGGCCUAAUCCGAUUUCUGCUGCGAUCCUCAAACCGGAUAUAGCAGCACCAGGAGUGAGUAUAUUGGCGGCUACAACCACCAAUACCACUUUCAACGACCGAGGAUUCAUCUUUUUGUCAGGAACAUCGAUGGCGACUCCUGCCAUUUCAGGAGUUGUUGCUCUUCUCAAAUCUUUGCACCGUGAUUGGUCUCCUGCCGCUAUUAGAUCAGCCAUUGUCACUACAGCUUGGAGAACAGAUCCAUUUGGAGAGCAGAUUUUUGCAGAAGGGUCACCUCGGAAGCUAGCUGAUCCGUUCGACUAUGGUGGUGGCCUUGUGAAUCCAGAGAAAGCGGCAAAACCAGGUCUUAUAUAUGACUUGGGCCUUGAAGACUAUGUUCUCUACAUGUGCUCUGUUGGUUACAACGACUCAUCAAUCUCUCAGCUUGUGGGAAAAGUAACAGUCUGCUCGAACCCCAAACCAUCAGUUCUUGAUUUUAAUUUGCCUUCCAUCACAAUCCCAAACCUCAAAGAAGAAGUCACUCUCACUAGAACCCUCACUAAUGUUGGACCACUCGAGUCGGUCUAUAAAGUAUCGGUCGAGCCACCAUCUGGCGUUCAAGUGACCGUGACGCCGAAGAAGCUAGUGUUCAAUUCAAGGACCAAAAGGAUCUCUUUCAAAGUGAGAGUCUCGACCACACACAAAAUCAAUACAGGUUACUAUUUUGGGAGCUUGACUUGGAGUGACUCUAUGCAUAAUAUCAGUAUUCGAUUGUCUGUGAGAACGCAGAUUCUGCCCUUCUACUACGAUGAGAAUUGA